UUUUGGAUGAAUAUAAAACCCUCCCCCUCCACCUCCACCUCCACCUCCUCCUUCCUUACAUCCCCAGUAAUCUCCUGUUGAAACCCUCUCUCUCUCUCUCUCUCUCUCUCCAGUUCAGCGUAUUAAUACAUGGAUACUCCAUUGAUUGUGUGUGUCUGAGAGAGUGAAUGCAGAGUAUAAAUAGCUAUAACUGCGAGCGUAUCUCUCAAUUGCCCAAAGCCUUCAUCAACAAACGUAGCCGCAGUUCAACUCCGAUCGUCAUACUUAGGGUUUGGAUUCUGCUGUGUGCUCGCUGCUGCUCUAUCUUCAUCGUCUAGGGCUGAAUUUCACGGUGAAAAUUUUGCACCCUGUCUAGGUGUUCAAUUUGUGAAGAGGCAGAAGUUUCCUUGUCAUUGUGCUGUGUGACUGAGAGGACUUCAAUGUUUGGGUUUUGAUUUUGAUUCUCCCAUGGAGUGCAACAAGGACGAAGCUCUGAGGGCAAAGCAAAUAGCUGAAAAUAAAAUGCAAAGUGGUGACUUUGAAGGGGCAUUGAAGUUUGCUACGAAAGCCAAACGACUGUUUCCUGAGGUUCAGAACAUUGCUCAGAUUCUUACUGUUUGUGAGGUUCACUGUGCUGCACAGAACAAGCUCUCUGGGUCCAACAUGGACUGGUAUGAAAUUCUUCAGACUGAACGAUUUGCUGAUGAAGUUACUAUAAAGAAACAAUAUAGGAAGCUGGCACUGCUGCUUCAUCCGGAUAAAAAUAAGUCUGCCGGGGCAGAGGCUGCUUUCAAGUUGAUUGGGGAAGCUAAUAGAACUUUGAGUGACCAAACAAAGCGUUUUGCAUAUGAUUCAAGGAUCAGAGGCCUUGUGGGAACAACUGUACCUCCGAGUCAGCGGUUUUGGACAUAUUGCCCACACUGUACUACUAGGUAUCAGUACAGCAAAACUGCUUUGAAUGUUACGAUGCGAUGCCGACAAUGUAUGGAGUCCUUUACAGCUCAUGAUAUGGGAGACCCGAGUGCAUCACCAUGGCCACCAUCUACUAACCAUAAGGAGCCUUCGAAGCAUGUGCCACCAAAAGAAGCAUCAAAAAAUAAUGGGGGAAAACCUUCUGUUAGAGGACCGAUGGAUAAGUUUGUGCGGUCUUCUCCUGUGUCUAUGUCGAAAUGUACUGCUGGAGUUGGUGUCUCUCACAAAGUUGAAACGAGCCAUGUGACUGCAGGAUUGACAAAGGCUAGUGUUGGAACUUCCAAACCUGGUACAUCCAAAGCCAAGGAAUCCCAAACCCCGAAAAAUGUUGGAAGUAAGAGAGCAAGGCAGUCAGCAUCAGAUUCGAGAGAUGAUCGCAAGGCUGAAAAUGUUAAUGGCAUGAAAGAUACCAAUGUUCAAGAAAACGGUGCUGAUCCUUCUGGGCUUGAUGCAGGAGUUCAUCAUAGAAAAUCUUCCAGGAAAAAACAGCGUGUUUCGUACACAGCUGAAGGUGGUGAUAGUCAGAGUUCUUCCAAAAGGUCACGGCUACAUGAAUCAUUUAAUAUCGGUGAAGUUGGGAGAAAAGAAGUGCCUGCUAAUGGUGGGUUGUUCAGUAAUAGGAAUCCAGCUAGUUUCACUGCAGGCGUGGCUGGUCAGAAUGGAGAGAUGAGAAAUGAAGUAAGUGCCCCACCUGAAGAAUCAGUUUUAAAGAAUAAAAGGAAAAUUGAGCAGUCCAAUUUGCAAAUAAAGGAGGGAUCCAAGUCAGAUGUUGAUGAUAGAAAGCCCAAAGCUGACAGAUGUUCUCCACCUAAUUCAAAUUCGCCUUCCAAUGUUGAGAUCUCCUGCCCUGAUCCAGAUUUCAGUGAUUUUGAGAAGGAUAGGGCGGAGGAUUGUUUUGCUGCUAGUCAAUUCUGGGCUAUUUUUGAUGAUAUUGAUAGUAUGCCAAGAUUCUAUGCUCUUAUCCGGAAAGUCUACUCACCUUUCAAGUUGCACUUUACUUGGCUUGAAGCUGACUCAGAUGAUCAAGGUGAGAUUGAUUGGCAUGAUGCAGGUUUACCUGUUGCCUGUGGUAAGUACAAACUUGGUAAAUCUCAGAGAACUACAGAUCGUGCUAUGUUCUCUCACCAGAUCCGCUGCAUAGAAAGAAGCGACAUAGGUUCUUAUCUGGUUUAUCCCAAGAGGGGAGAGACUUGGGCUAUUUUCAGUGAUUGGGAUAUUGGAUGGAGCUCUAAUCCAGAAAAUCAUUCUGAAUAUCAAUUUGAGUAUGUGGAAGUCGUAUCUGAUUUUGAUGAGAAUAUUGGUAUUCGAGUUUCUUAUCUUGGCAAAGUGAAAGGGUUUGUUAGUCUCUUUCAGGAAUCUGUGCAGAACGGACUUAGGUUAUUUUGCAUUCCACCUAACAAGCUUUACAGGUUUUCACAUCGGAUUCCAUCAUAUAAGAUGGAUGGUAAUGAAAGGGAAGGUGUUCCAAGAGGAUCUUUUGAACUUGAUCCUGCUGGUCUUCCUCUUAGUCUUUUUGAAGCAGGUGAUUCUGGUUAUGCGAAGAUGGAGUCUGGAGUGCUAAACAAUGGAGUCAAUGCUUCAAGUCACAAAUCUUCCAUGUCUGAAGCUGAACAGGCAAUGUCUAAUGAGGGUACUCACAAAGCAAAGUUGCGGGAGAGUAAUGCUGCUGGAAGAGUCUCGCAAAUCCUUAGAAAAUCACCAAGGUCAAAUGUAAAAAGUAUGAAUAAUGUUCAAGGUAGCACUAGUCAGAAUAUGGUAAGAGAGAAUGACAAAGACAUUGGCCACAGGGACUACAGUCAACCGGAGGGAUUCCAGACUCAUGACAAAACUCCACUAAAACAUGAUACAAAUAAUCAUGGUAAUGAGACAUUGAAAGUUCGAAGGUCAACAAGAGCUUUGAGCAAGAAAACUCAUUUAGGGGAUGCAGGUGAUUGUUCAGACACUGAUAAAAACAUGAAGGACUCCGUAUUUUCUGAGCCAGAUGGAAGUGAUCGUGCAUUUUCGAAAAAAGAUUGCAGUGUGGGAGCAUCUUGUUAUGACUUCAAGAAGGAAAAAUCUAGGGAGAUGCUUCAGUGUGAUCAGAUAUGGGCAAUCUAUGGUGAUCGGGAUAAUAUGCCCCAUUAUUAUGCUCAAAUUAAGAAGAUUGAAUCCACCCCUCUCUUUAGAUUGCAUGUGUCUGAACUUGAACCAUGUUUGCCACCUAAAGAGUUAAAACGAACAGUAUCUUGUGGUACCUUCAAAGUUAAAAAAGCCAAAUCACAGGUUCUUUAUGUCUCUGCAUUCUCUCACCAACUAGAAGUGGAGCCCAUGUCAGAUAACAAAUAUGAAAUUUACCCUAGAAAAGGUCAGAUUUGGGCUCUGUACAAGGAUCAGAACUAUGAAGUGACUUCUUCAGGCCAGGGCAGAGGUGAAUGUCAUAUUGUAGAAGUAUUAGCAGAUAGUGACAGGAGUAUAGAAGUUGUCGUUCUGAAGCCUCUCUCUCUCAACAGCUCUCAGCCAAUUUUCAAGGCUCCUAGAAUCCAGAGAUCUAAGACUGGUAUAUAUGAGAUAUCAAGAGAAGAGGUUAGUAGAUUUUCACAUCAGAUUCCUGCUUUUCAGCACACCGGGGAAGGCGAUCUCCAUCUCAGAGGCUGUUGGGUGCUGGAUCCUUCUUCAGUUCCUGGUUUUGUCAUUCAAGUAGACUGAAGUAUAGCCUUUUUAUUCUCUCUAGACCUCUUUUUAAUUUAAUUCUGAACUCAUGUUUUCUAUUGACUUCUGUGAUUAACCAGCUAUUCUAAGAAUGUAGGGAAAGAUGUUAAAGGGAUUUCCUCAUUCCAUAUUUUGGCAAUUUAUAUAUACUUAAAUUGUUAAAGCUGCUGA